GCUGAUGCAACUGAACAUUCCUCGGAGCACACUUAUCCAAGCCCGCGGAGUGAACAAAGGCCGAGAGUAGCUAGAGAGAGCAACGGCAGUUUGCACUUUGAGGUGGUUGUUUGUCCGUUCCCGUUUGCGUUUGUUGACCCAAUUUUACGCUGACAAGAUUGUGAGGACGGUGUCAACUGGAACGGCCUAGCCUGGGUCCGUGACAGCAAGCUUGGACAUUAGAGAAGCCUUGGUCCUUGCUGGCUGGCAGACUUCGCUUUCAUCUUGUUAUUUAAUAGGGCAACAUUGCGGAAGAUCCCGCGGAAAGACUUGAGGGGAGUGAAGCUGAUCUGAGAUCAUUGAAUUAUGCUGAAAGGUCGGAAAGGUGGGAAUCGCAAAUCUAGAAGGAAAGGGCCUAGAGAUGAUGAAAAAUUAAAAGGAGCAGCGAGCUCUAAGGAAGAAGCCCCAUACAAUUAUAAUUAAAGUGGCCAAGAAAGAGACUCAGUGUAAGCCCUGUAGAGUAAUACUCACAGAUAUUCUCAAGGAGCGCCCAGAACUCAAAACCAUGUCCACAGAUGCACGGACGGCCAUGGAAGGUGCUUCCAGGUCAUUAUCAGUCAGCAGUCAACCUGUCAAAAGGCAAGUAGCGAAAAAGUCAACAAGCAAACCGGCAGGGUUCCAAGCCAAGUUAAACUCCACACAUUCGUCCAGAGAACCACCAAAGAAAACACCACGACUGGAGGCAUCUCCAGAGUUUGCUGUAUUAAAGAAGACGUCUGGUUCCAAGGAAAGUACAGUAACCUCAGAUUCAGCGUCUAGAAAUUCCAGUGAAAGGGUGGAUAAGCAAUCUUCAGGCUCCUUGUCAAACCAUUCCAAGUCACAUCAGGUUAGCAAAGAUGCCUCUUUGCAGCAGAAGGACCUGCCUGUUGUGGCUAAGAAGUCAACCCAUUCCAUCAAGAGAAAGAUAGCACAGAAGGAAGCGCAACAAAACGGGGAGAAACAAAGAAGCCACACCACAAAUUCUGUGAAGUCCUCAGUAUCCUCCAAGAGUGCUCACCAGGCAGACUCUGUGAAGUCUUCAGUAUCGUCCAAGACUGCUCACCAGGUAGAGUCUAACAGUAUCAAGCCAGUAAUGCUACCAAGUGCACCCAGCACAUGCAAUGCAUCCAGCACAUCAACAAGAGAUACCAAAGCUCAAAGUAGCACCACCACCACAGUGAAUGGCCAAAAAUCUAAGAGAAAAUGCAGUUCACUUCGAAGUGUGAGAGUUUUUGAUGAUGACAGUACAGGGGAUAUCAGCAUUUCAAAUGAGUUGAUGACCAGCUCCUUGGAUCAUAGUGUAAGAGCAGAGUCCAAAAAGGAUACCGUUGAUAAGCCAAUGAAGCUUUCAUCUGACAAAGCCAGUUCCACACCAUCACACAAAAAGGCUGUGCAUUCUGAUAAGACAUUGCAAUCAACUACUACAAAUGGCAAAAAGGAAGAUACAAGGUCAAAGGUGCAACAUGUUAAAAGUGAUGACAAAGUUGCAAGAUUAAAAAAUGCCUCUGAGUCCAGUAACACUUCAAUGUCUGGUGCUACAGACCCUCUGCGUGGGAAAGAAAGUAUAACUAGGGUAAAGGAAGCAACCGAUGAAAAACCAUUGAACAGUAUUCCUAACAAGGUACCAAAAAUGGUAACACAAAACAUUGCCGACCAACAUCCAAAAAAAGAAAGCCAGCUUUCCACCACAAGUGAUGCUCCUGACCAAAAGAAGCCAUUGGCUACAAAAGCCAAGCUGGCUUCCACAGUGAACCAACAAGUAUCAACUCCAAAGAAAGAGAUUGCUCCAAAGAAUGAGAUUUCCCCCAAAGAAGAGCUUUCAUCAAAGCAAGACAUUCUUUCAAAGCAAGUGAUUUCUAUGAAGCAAGAUAUUUUUUCAAAGGAGCAUGUUUCCUCCAAUGAAGCAGUUCCUCCAAAAGAAGAGGUUUCCACAAAACAAGAGGACCAUCUUAAGGAAGAGAUUCCCCCCAAACAAGAAGUUCCUCCGAAGGAAGAGAAUUUCCCACAAACUGAUCAUCUUUCCACACCAGCCAAAGAGAUGCUUUCUUUAGGAGACCAUGCAACCAAGCCAAUGUACCAGAGUAUUUCUUCAACUGGUUCAGCUUCUACCACAAGUAGUCACAGGAUGCCAACUGCGACCGAGAAGGAGUCGGAGCCAGCAGGACAUGUUGAAGCUUCUGCCAUUCAAGCUGUCUCUGCAACAUAUCCUGCCCCUGUCCCAGAGCAGGUUGCAGCUUCUACCUGCCAGAUCCCUGUUGCUCCUCCUACAACUGCCAAAGACUGCUCUGCUCAACAGCUGGCGUCCAUCAGCCAGGUUGAACCCACAACAGAUGUGUCAUCAGUGUCACUCCAACCAGUAGCUGCGACAGGCAGCCUUGUUUCUCUGCCAGUUGUCACUCCAACUGGUCAGGUGUCUGUUACAGCUGACCAGGCCAUGGCUACAGCUAAUCAAGUUUCUGUGCCAGAAGUUGCUUCAGCACCUGCUUCAAAUGUUGAGCUCCCUGGUUCAGACAGGCAGUCAGUUCAGGAUGCCUCAGCAAAAGCUGCGGCUGUCUCAGCUCCUCUGCAGUCUACUCCAGCUGAGCAGAAGGUCACAACGGUCAGUGAGGUUUCCACUGUAACUCAACAAGCACCCCCUUCAGCAACAGUGGCUUAUUCUUCUACUCAACAGAUGUCUGUGGACACGUCUGCCUCUCCAGCCAUGCCGCUCUCUGGUUCAGUUAAGGAGAUGCCAGUUGUAACUGAAAGUAGGGAGAAUCGCUCUCCAGUUCAACAUGUGUCUGCACCAGAACCUGUGAAACAACCAUCUGCUCCAGCACAAAAGGAAGCUGCCUCAAGCAGUCAUGUACCAGGUCCACCAAAGCACACUUUGUCACCAGUAAAUCAGACUCUACCACCUGGAAGUAAAGUGCCUUCUUCUUCUUCAUCAAAGGAAGUCCCAAGCCAGGCCCAACAGCACCAGUCAAACCCAACAACGACCACCACAAAGGGAACAAGUGAUCUGCACAAGUCUAGAUCUCCACCACCUUUGAUACCAGUGCAGAAUACAAGCCUGCCAGUGCCAUUUGCCACAGCUAAGGGGACCAAUAAAACAGGUGCUGCAAACAACCCAACUGAGCCAACUUCCAGACCUGGUGCUGAGGGGAAUGACAUAGUUGUUGUGGAAGAUACUCCAGAAUCACAACCACAAGAUUCAUCAAACUCUGGGAAAAGCAGUCCUCCAAACCGGCCUUCAAGCAGUUCCUCACCUCCGAUGGCGGCCAGUGAUGCUGUCAGUAACCCACCAAAGAGCAGAACCCCUCCAGCCAACGGUACGGAGACAGCUGCCUCUGAUGAGCAGCAGACACAGGCCAACUCCGAUGCAGAACCAAUUGUCAUUGAUGAUAAUCCGUCGACUGAAGACCAGCCCUCUGUUCAACAGGACCAGGGUAUGUCUGUUGGAAAGAAGAGAGAGGGAGAACCAAACCCGGGGCAUGGUGCAAAGAAACCAAGGCUAGACAAUGGUGCUACUCAAGGAUUUGUAAAUAGAACUGUGGCAACCGAUGCAGCUGAUAGUUGUAGUGCCCAGUUUGCCAGGCACAUUCCAGCCAGUGUUCCAGUCACAAGAACAGUGGGGUGUAACACCACUUGUGCAGCACAGCGUCAACAGCUGUUGGGAAGGGAAGACCUCAAAAAGAUGGUGGAAGACAAAGUAGCUCAUUGUACAGCCAAAGCAAACAGCCAAAUGAAGCAGUUUCAGGACAGAGUUGCCAAGUUGACCAAAGUCUGCAAAGGCUGGGAGGAGUAUGCCAGAAAGCUGCAGAAAAAAAGGAAGCGGAUGAAAAAGUUAAUCAAGGAAUUAACGCAAAAACUGGUGACAAUGAACCAAGAGCAAGAUAGGUUAAAGAGGGAGCUGAAGAGACGCCGAGCAAUAGGAGGUCCAAGGCCAGUGGAUGUUGGUGUGCAGGCAGACCUGAAACCGCAGCAGCAGCCCACUGCUCAAGCUUCUAGUUCCCAAACUUCAAGUGGACCAACUUCAGGUGGACCAACUUCAAGUGGACCAAGUUCAACAUCAGCUCCAGCGCCAAAACCUACAGUUACGCCGGUUGCUACCAGGCAGCAGGCUGUACCAAGGCCGCCUCCGCCUACCUACACCCGCCCUCCGCAGGUACAGCGUGUUCCCACGGCAACUGAAUCUGUCAGUGUCACCAGCAGCGCUGUACAGAGGGCAGGUCCACCACAACCACAAGUUGCCACGGCACCGAAAGCUCCACCUCCACAGCCUACUUCCCAGCCACAGGCAAUAUCCAGUCAAAGGACAACUCCCACAGGUGUUCCCCACCCUCCCCGCAACAUCCCCACCCUGGUGCACCAUCCCCCACCCCCUCCCCCUCCACGCACCUCGAGAACCAGCCCAACACUUUACAACAACAGCAGUCUUAACUCACAACCUCCGUAUCGCCAACCGACACAAGCAGCACCUCCUACAAGACAGAAAACUCCAGAGAAGGCCCGCGUACCGUCCCAAGAUGCAGGGAAGAUUAACGCAGUAAUCGACCUUACUGAGGACGCAGAAGAAACUCAGGCAUCCGCCCAGGGAAGGAAGCCCUCCGGUGCAGGUCCCCCACCUCUCCUGAAAGCAGUGGCUACUCCCUCGGCUGCUCCCAACACUGUCGCUCCCACGUCCCAAGCACGACCAACGUCUCAAGUACGCCCCUUCAACAAUCCCCAACCCGUGCCUGUCGCUAUCAGCACCAGCAACAGCAACGCAAGAAACAUCACCAACGUCGUACAAGCCAUCGUGAACAGCACACGAGCGAUCCAAGCGCCGCCGAACUUUCGACCGGUUGCCACCACUGUACAGCAGGUGGGACAAAAUCCAAUGCACUCCAUGCCGCCAACUGCUCCGGCGUACCAGAGACCUCCAGUUCAGGUGCUGGCCCAGAUACCACAGAGCACGGUGGGUUACGUAGGCCAGCCUGUGAUGCCGCGGGUGCAGACUGCUGGCACCUUCAGGCCGCCCGCUGUCACAACUUCUGCCUUCGUAGGACAGCCAGCACAUGUUGUGGAAUCCGUCUUGAGUCCUCCUGUUAUGUGCAUGCAGCCGUCACAGCAAGGGAACCCUCUGUACAACCACUACACUCAGCCUCAGCGACACCCCGUGCCCAACGUGGUGGUCCAGGCCAGGCACCCGAUGCCGCAGACGGUGCAGGCUUAUCGCCAGGCCUUCCACCAGGUCCAGCCUCCAGCCAACAUGAUGCAGGGUCCCAGACCAGCCGGGCCCGCUGUGGUCCCCAGGCCAGCUCCCCCACCUCUGUUGCACUCUAACAACCCUCCUCAGGUCCAACAAAUGAGGCCACCUAUGCAACCAACCUUCCCCCAGAGGCCACCAGCUAUGCAGCAGCCGCCACAACCUCCACAGCCAGCAAACCAUCCCCACCCAGGCAACAACCAGCACCCUGCCCCCCUCCCUCAGCCUCCUCCACCCUCGCCACAGCUACCCCCUCAGUACGCCAACCUUCCCCUGCCCCACAGGACCACGCUCCACAUCGCCAGGGCGGGGAACGGUAUCGUGUUGUCGUGGAACGUCACCGAGCCGCCCAACCCUCACGCUCCGACGGUGGACUGCUACCAGCUGUUUGCCUAUCAGGAGGGGACCGGGCAGCCCAACACUGCGCUGUGGAAGAAGAUUGGCGACGUGAAAGCGUUACCGCUGCCGAUGGCCUGCACCCUGACCCAGUUCUUACCUGGGAGCACCUACCAUUUUGCUGUGAGAGCUAUGGAUGUGUACCAAAGGGUGGGACCGUUCAGUGCACCUUGUAGUAUUGACUUGUCUUCGUCUUAGUUCUGCAGUUUGGUAAACUGGUACUGGUAAUAUUUAAGUAUACAUUCUUUGUACAGUUUGUUCCAGUUCUUGAAGUCAUACGAACACAACAUUAUGUUAGCUGAAAGUCAAGUUUUGUAUUUGUCAUGAAUGUUGGAAAAUGCACCAUACAGGAGAAAGCUUUCAGACUUUAGACAUUUAAAUACAGGGAAGGCAAGUCUUAUUUGAUCUGUGCAAAACUCAACAUGGACA